AGCCAUGUCACAGAUAGGUGCACUUUUCUCAGUGACAUGAGCAAGUUCGUACUGCAAACACCAACAGCUUUUUCCUCUGACCACUCUGACAUUCUUCACUUCCAGGUAUUAAGUCAUGAUGCAGGAAUCUGCGACAGAGACAAUAAGCAACAGUUCAAUGAAUCAAAAUGGAAUGAGCACUCUAAGCAGCCAAUUAGAUGCUGGCAGCAGAGAUGGAAGAUCAAGUGGUGACACCAGCACUGAAGUAAGCACAGUGGAACUGCUGCAUCUGCAACAACAGCAGGCGUUGCAGGCAGCAAGACAGCUGCUUUUGCAGCAACAGACAAGUGGACUGAAGUCUCCUAAAAGCAGUGAUAAGCAGAGACCACUGCAGGUACCUGUGUCAGUGGCCAUGAUGACUCCCCAGGUGAUCACCCCUCAGCAAAUGCAGCACAUGGUCUCCAGCCAGCAAGGUUUGUAUGCAGCAGCUUCAAAACACUUCUCCUAAUAACAACAGCCGGUUGUAUCUAGACAGCAGCAACAACUACAAGAAUUUUACAAGAAACAGCAAGAGCAGUUACAUCUUCAGCUUUUGCAGCAGCAGCAACAGCAGCAGCAGCAGCAACAGCAGCAACAACAACAACAACAGCAACAACAGCAACAACAGCAACAGCAUCCAGGAAAGCAAGUGAAAGAGCAGCAGCAGCAGCAGCAGUUGGCAGCCCAGCAGCUUGUCUUCCAGCAGCAGCUCCUCCAGAUGCAACAACUUCAGCAACAGCAGCAUCUGCUGAACCUUCAGCGUCAGGGACUCAUCUCCAUUCCGCCAGGCCAGUCUGCUCUUCCCGUCCAGUCUCUGCCACAAGCUGGCUUAAGUCCUGCUGAGAUCCAGCAAUUGUGGAAAGAAGUUACUGGAGUUCACAGUAUGGAAGACAAUGGCAUUAAGCAUGGAGGGCUAGACCUCACUACUAACAAUUCCUCUUCUACUACCUCCUCCACCACUUCCAAAGCAUCACCACCAAUAAAUCAUCAUUCCAUAGUGAAUGGACAGUCAUCAGUUUUAAAUGCAAGACGAGACAGCUCAUCCCAUGAGGAGACUGGCGCCUCUCACACUCUCUACGGCCAUGGAGUUUGCAAAUGGCCUGGAUGUGAAAGCAUUUGUGAAGAUUUUGGCCAGUUUUUAAAGCACCUUAAUAAUGAACAUGCAUUGGAUGACAGAAGUACUGCUCAGUGCCGGGUGCAAAUGCAGGUGGUUCAACAGUUAGAAAUACAGCUUUCUAAAGAACGUGAACGUCUUCAGGCAAUGAUGACCCACUUGCACAUGCGACCCUCGGAGCCCAAGCCAUCUCCAAAACCUCUCAAUCUGGUGUCUAGUGUCACCAUGUCUAAGAACAUGUUGGAGACUUCCCCUCAGAGCUUACCUCAAACUCCCACUACACCAACGGCCCCAGUCACUCCAAUUACCCAGGGACCCUCAGUAAUCACCCCAGCUAGUGUACCCAACGUGGGAGCCAUUCGAAGACGACAUUCCGAUAAAUACAACAUUCCCAUGUCAUCAGAAAUUGCUCCAAACUAUGAAUUUUAUAAAAAUGCAGAUGUCAGACCUCCGUUUACUUAUGCAACUCUCAUCAGGCAGGCUAUCAUGGAAUCAAGUGACAUGCAGUUAACGCUCAACGAAAUUUAUAGCUGGUUUACACGGACAUUUGCCUACUUCAGGCGUAAUGCAGCCACUUGGAAGAAUGCAGUACGACAUAAUCUUAGCCUGCACAAGUGUUUUGUUCGAGUGGAAAAUGUUAAAGGAGCAGUAUGGACAGUGGACGAAGUAGAGUACCUACAGAAUUGCCGAGAAAGGUCACAAAGAUAAACAGGAAGCCCAACGUUAGUGAAAAACAUACCCACCAGCUUAGGCUAUGGAGCAGCUCUUAAUGCAAGCUUACAGGCUGCGCUGGCAGAAAGUAGUUUACCUUUGCUUGGUAACCCCGGAUUGAUAAAUAAUGCAUCCAGUGGCUUACUGCAAGCAGUCCAUGAAGACCUCAAUGGUUCGCUGGAUCACAUUGACAGCAAUGGAAACAGCAGUCCAGGCUGUUCUCCUCAGCCUCACAUACACUCAAUUCACGUCAAGGAAGAACCAGUGAUUGCUGAGGAUGAAGACUGUCCAAUGUCCUUGGUGACAACAGCGAAUCACAGUCCAGAAUUGGAAGAUGAUAGAGAGAUUGAGGAAGAGCCUUUAUCUGAAGAUCUGGAAUGAAUAGAGACUUUAGAAACCUCAGAAUGAAGGGACAUAUUACUGACCUUCAUAACCACUCCACAACCAUGAAUAUUUGACGAAUUUUUACUGUGACUAUUUAUUAAGCAUGGAUAAAGGAGAACAGCCCUAAAGGAACUCAUUAUGGCAGCCCUUUGGGAAUCCAGUUACAAACAGGCAAUAGCUUGUUUUUUUCUUUCUUUUUUUAAAAAAGACAAACUGAUUUUUCUUGAAAAAAAAAUGAACUGUUUAUAUAAAAAAUGGCUUGCCCAUUUAAAA